GUUUCCCGACGGCGCUCCCAUCACAUUGAAUUGGUGCUGCAGUUUCUCAUAUUGCUCUUAUUCCCAGCUGGAGUAUUGUCUGGAUUGUCGUGUUAUCUGUUGUGUUUUCGGGGCCUGCGAGCGGACUCGAAUAAUAAAUAAAAAAAAAAUCAUGUCGUUUUGAUAAAACCUAUUUAAAGUGACGUGAGUAAGGGUAGUGCUGUAUAGUUGUGUGAUACAGACAGAAUAUGGUAUGGAGAGAGAGAGCUACAACGACGAGUGUUCCAAACGGUUGGGUUGGCACGACGUGAACGCAGGUAUAAUUUAAUAAAGCCCACCAGUGGCAUACAACAGGGGAGGCUGGCGAUUUAACAGGAUAUCGAUUUGUGGCCCCCGCGAGAGCGGAGCCAGUGUGUGCCCGUGUCGUGUGUGCCUUUCUGGUCUCACUCAGUUGCAUUGCCAUUCAGCAUUUGCCAGAGCAAAGAGAAGAAGCUGAAGAAGGAGGCGGCCAUGGACGUCGAUAUUUUUGGGGCACAGCUUACCGUGUUGAGGCUCUAUCGUUCGAGCUGUCUAAGGCCUUGUGUAAAGGCCUGAUAGGGCCCAAACACAAAAAUAUUUUAAUUACUUAUUUAAUAUUAUUAAUUAACUACACCUAUAAUACAUUAAAAAAAUAUUUUAAAAUAAAAAAUAGAUAAAUAAAAUGUUACAAGGACCCCAGGAAUACGUUAACGUUAACAAAUAAACCAGUGUAACGAGCAGCUGAAGGAGGAGGAGAAGAACAAGACAGAGAUACACAACACAUACGACCGAUAAGUUAGAAAGAAAUAAAAUAUCACACGACUGGUGAGCGAGAGCAAACAAGGGAGAAAAAAGAAAGAUCGAGUACUUGAGAGAAGUGAGAAAGAUUGAUACGGAAGAAAAGUGUGAGAGAGAGAGGUUGAGGAAGGACAAUCAUUUAAUACGGUUGAGAGAUUCAUCUUUUGACGACACUCAACAAUACUAAAACGACACUCUUUCUCUCCUCUCUCUCUCUCUUUCUCUGUCUCUCGUUUUUUAAUAUAUUUUUUUUUUCCAUCACAUACGUACCAGUUUUUUUUGUUAUUGAAAAAAAUUUUUUUACUAUUCAUUUUUUUCCUUGUAUAGUGUGUAUAUAAUAUAUAUAAAUGUGUGGGACAAACAUGUCCUAACUACAGGACGGAUAAAAGCCUCAAUAGAAUAGAAAACGCGAGUGUAAGAGAAACAGUAAAGAUGGAACUCGGCGUCACGACAGAUAUCGGAGGGGCGGUCGCAUGUCCUGUGUGUACAUUAUAUCUCAGAGAAGGUAUAAGUCUUCAGAGGCACUUGGACACCCAUCCAAAGGAACAAGUGAUAGAGGCACUGAUAAAAGCUAGUGGCUCGUCGUCAAGUUUGUCGUCUCUUCAGUUACCUCAAACCCAAGUGCCUCAGGUACCGCAAACCCUUCAGCCGUCACCGCCACAACAGCAGGUCAAUGCCCAAAGCUCAACUUCAACACCAACAGCAGCAGCUGUUGCUGCUGCUCACAUUCCUACGCAGGCCCCGUUUCCUAUUGGUCCUGUCUUUGAGUGUCCACCGAUCAAUGCAAUGAUGCCACCGCAAUUUGCCUCUUUUAACUAUCAACAAUUUGUCAACAAUGGUACUAUGAUGAUUCCACAGUACGCGAUGGCACCACCUCAGGCCAAUCAGAUGAUGCAGAUGCUUUACAAUCCGUACAGCAUGUAUCAACAGCAACAGGUACCGACUGUUCAGAUGAUUUCACCGGUAUCAGCACUCCCGACGACUCGUAUCAGACCGGUAGUUACUGUAGCUAAUGCUGAAACUAAUAGAAAUGUUAUUAUUUCAACUAGUACUAAUGAACAUAAACAAAUAAUACCAGAGAUUAUUUCAGAGCCAAAUAUGGAAAGGAUUUUACCAGACAUGGAGAGUUGUGAAACUUCGACUCAACAGUCAAUCGAUAAUACAACAGAUAUACGACAUGAUAAUAAUUGUAAUGAUAAUGAUAAUAAUAAUAUUUCUGUUAGACAAUUGGAUCAUCGAGAUCAACAGACCCAGAGUAAUUCACCGAGGCCGGUUAUAAAUAACAGUGAAAUUGUGAGAAAUGACACUGUCUCAGUGGUCUGUGAAUCAUCAGCUUCUGAAGAAGAUAAGUCUGAGAGUAUUCUUCCAGAUAUGGAGGAACCUGAGCCCGAUAUUGAUACUGACGUUCAAUGUAGAAAUGAACAACAACAACAGCAACAACAUCAUAAUCAAGAUCGACAUCAGAGAUUUUCAUCUACGUACAAUAGUCAAGCUGACAAUGAAAAUAGUAAUACUGACACGCGAUUAAAUCACCUUACAGAAGAUCAAGAUAAAUUGGAGUCUCAGGAAUCAUUGAGCUCAGAAAAAUUGAAGUCAUCAGAGUCUAUUGAAUUAGAAGCUAAUUCAGCUCCAACUCCAAUAAUUAUAGAUACUUGUCAGCAAAAUGAAGAAGAGCAUCUGGAACAUCUUUUUAUUACAAUGAUUGAGUCAGGUUUUGUCGAGACGCAUGAAAAAACAAAUGAUGAUGAGUCCAUUCAGGAAUCUAACCUUAAAAUAAAUAAAACUGCAAAGCAAAAUGAAGAACAAAUGGAAGAAGAAUCUGAAAAUCAUCUUACUCCUGAAGAUAUAAAAUAUAUUAAUAACACCGAAGCUUGCGUAGAAACAGAUAAGUGCAUUGACACAAGUAUUAUUGACGAGUGCGACUUUGACUAUGCAUAUCGGUAUAAACAUAGUUUAUCAGCGCCUGCGUCUCCAGUAUCAGCGUCAAAAAAAAUAUCACACUCUUAUUCAACGAGAUCUGAAUGUGGUUCUAAUGAAAAUCUUAAUUUUUAUCCAGCUGGUUUUGACGCAUCUACAUUGCAAGUUGAUGUUGAUGAUGAAGAUGAAGAUGAGGAAGACGAUGAUGAUGAAGAAGAGGAUGACGAUGAUGAUGAAGAAGAGGAGGAAGAGGAAGAAGAGGAAGAAUCUAAACAUGUAGGUGAUAAUUUUGAUGAAGAGGAUAUGGAGAUUGAAGAAAUAGCUAGUCCCCAUACACCAUUUGCCAAACAAAAUGAUGAUUUAGAUAAUGUACGUUCUCAUACGCCAUUAUCCGCUAUCAGUGGUAUCUCUGGUCUUCGAGUACGCAGAGAUCUCAGUAAACCAUCAUCCCCUAUAUCGAUGCG